AUGGAUCCCCAUUCGCAGGACGACAGUAGCUCUGCUGCUCCGCCCUCGCCUACAGAUUCGCGACAGCAAUCCGUUCGACGCGAUACCAGAGAGACUACGCUCCCCGAAAGUUACCAGUCCGAAACCGUGCGAAGGAGAAUAGACCAGUCUUAUGGUACGGUUCAAACACCACCACCGCCUACGAGCGGUGGUACGCAAUUCUUGGGAGAAUCCACUGCCCACGAACGAGCGCACUCGAGAGCCGCAACUCAACAGCCUCGUUCUCCCUUACUUGGCUCAGACCGUGGCCGGCAGCGUCCUAGAAAGCCUCCUAUGCCUCGCAGAGCCUCUUCCAACACGUUAGCUCCCCAUCGCGGUGAGGUCUUCUCUACGGAUGAUGACGUCAACGAGGUGGAGAACGACGCUGUUGGGCGACAGCAGACAUUCUCCCCUCUUCCGGCUUAUAAUAAUGAACAGGCAAGACCGUCAUCUACGCUGCGGCGAAGAAGCAUGGCGCCACCGACCUUGUCCCGAGUACACUCGAGUCGCAGCGCCGGUCCUGAAGAGGAAGGAAUUGAUGAACUGCUAGAAGAAGAGGACGAGGAGGAGCACUUGCCUUCGCAACCACACGAGGAGAGUGUAUUACAAGAUGCGCCUCCGGAUUCGGGUGUUCUUAAUGACGACGACAACGACAACGACGACGACGACGACGAUGAUAUUAGCGAUGCUGAGAGCUUCACAUUGAAGGACCGCCAGCAGGCUAUCAACGAGACACAUCCCUUCGGUAUCAGGAUUUGGAAACCUGCAUUAUACAAGAAAGAUCGAUCAGUUCAAAAGACUGCCGAGGGUGAUAUCCAUUCUUCUCCCGGCGGUCGGGUCAGUACUUGGUUACUGUUCUUCAACCUCAUCUGGACCUUGGCCUUCGGCUGGUGGAUGGCCCUGUUUGCUGCGCUGGGCGCCACGGCUUGCUUUAUUUUUGCGGCAGCUCCUAGUGGCAGGGAAUAUGGCCGCGUGCUAUGGGGUCUGGCCGGUUAUCUCUUCUAUCCCUUUGGGAAAUUCGUGCGACUCGAGCAGGACGAAGCAUAUCUAGAUGAAGACGAAGGUGAGGGUCGAAGUAUCAGCGAGUAUGAGCAAUGGCAAAGUGGCGAUCUAGAAUAUGGACGAUUGUUCUUUGGUCCUGAACGAAACCGCUCCAUCAUCGGCCGGUCAAGAAGAAGCAUCGACUCUGAACCUAGUGAGACAGAUAGCCUCCUUCCACGCUCGGGGCGCCACGAUCAUUCAAGUGACCCAGGACGGCGACUGAAGAGGCGGCUAUUUGGCCGCGGACAAUGGAAUAUUGGCCGUGUCAUCUUCUUCAUUUUCUUUUGGGGUCUCAUCACGCCUUCUCUGCUUAUUGUCUCCGCCAUCUGCUGGUUUCUGGUCUUCUGGAUUCCGAUGGGUAAAGUUACAAACCUUCUCUUUGACCACCUUAGAAGGCAUCCGUUGGCUCUAUCUUUCGAGUCCGAUAUCAGCACCGCCAGGACGUCUGAUGGCCCACACUCCUCCAUCCUGCUUUGCACGUAUCGAGUUGUAGGUUCGAAGUAUUGGAAAUACACCGUCGAUGGCACCAACAUAUUUCUUAUCAACCUCAUGGCGGUUGUCAUUUUCGUCAUCUUCGACUGGCUCGUAUUAGAUACAAUCCUUCAUGUUGAUAAUUUCCUGACAUCUCCGGGCUUUUUAUUCGUAGCCGGCUUGUUCUCCAUCAUUCCUCUAGCGUACUUCAUAGGCCAGGCUGUUGCGUCCAUCUCAGCUCAAUCUUCUAUGGGCCUUGGUGCUGCAAUCAAUGCCUUCUUCUCAACGAUUGUAGAAGUCUUCCUCUACUGUGUCGCGCUUAAGGAUGGCAAAGGCCAGUUAGUCGAGGGUAGCAUCAUUGGGAGUAUAUUUGCUGGCAUUCUCUUUUUGCCCGGGUUAUCAAUGUGCUUCGGUGCCAUCAAACGCAAGACUCAACGGUUUAAUGCCAGGUCUGCCGGUGUCACAUCUACCAUGCUAAUUUUUGCCACCGUUGCCGCAUUUGGACCAACCCUUUUUUACCAAAUCUACGGCACGCACGAACUCCGAUGCCAGAGCUGCACUGAUUUUAUAGGAUCCAAAGAACGCGAUUGCCGGCGGUGCUACUACUCACAAGUACCAGCACUUGACGACCGUUUUUAUAUCGAAGCUGUGCGUCCCUUUUGCUACUUAGCCGCCAUCUGUCUUUUCUUGUCAUACGUCAUUGGUCUCUGGUUCACUCUUAGGACCCAUGCGGCCGUCAUUUGGAAUAGCGAAAUCGACGAGAAGAAGCAUGAAGAACUUCAGCAACACGCAGCUCGUCUAUCUGAAGCACGUAAUCUCGGCGAUUCAACUGGCGCAGAUAUCCGAGACAGCAACCUAUAUAAGCGUAUCCUAGGCCAGUCGUUGAAACAAGUCGGUUUGUCAAGCGGAGAAGAGGGCCGCCAUUUACGUCACACAUCAGAGGGAUUCCCGUUCAAUGGGGGUGUCCAGACACCGCAUAUGGUUCCGCCAAGAGGCAGUAAUGAUGCCAUGGAUAGCAUUCGCUCGAAUGUUCAUAUUCCCGGCUUUUCAGAUGCAGAGAACAGCGAUCUGGUCCGCAGUGUUACAGAAGUAGCGGCAACAGCAGCUGCUAUCGCAGCCCGCGACGCUCGAGGACCACGUCGUCUUUCUGCCCAACCAUCAAAUGCAGGAGCUAGUACCCCGGCAACACGUCCUACACCCAUUCGCUCUGCUACCUUUCCUGAGCCCGACGAGGCUGGCGAGAAUGCCCAGGCUUCCCAUGGAGGUCACGAUGCUCCGAACUGGAGCCGGACGAAAAGUGCAGUUAUCCUCAUGGGUGCUACUGUUCUCUAUGCAAUCGUUGCCGAGAUUCUGGUCGACACGGUAGACGUGGUAUUAGACAACUACGCAAUCGACCCAAAAUUUCUAGGUAUCACUCUAUUCGCUCUGGUACCCAAUACCACCGAAUUUUUGAAUGCCAUUUCCUUCGCCAUGAAUGGAAACAUUGCCUUAUCCAUGGAGAUCGGCUCUGCGUACGCCCUACAGGUCUGCCUUCUUCAAAUCCCCGCGCUGGUUUUCUUCUCUGCGGUUUACCCUCUCCAACCGGCCGGCAACCAAGAUCCUACGCACUGGACAUUUAGUCUUCUAUUCCCACAGUGGGAUAUGGUGACGGUCAUUCUAUGCGUGUUCCUUCUAAGUUACAUGUACGGCGAAGGCAAGAGCAACUACUUCAAGGGCAGCAUCUUGAUCCUGACGUAUUUGGUGGUUGUGAUCGGAUUCUACUUCUCCGGGUUUACGGAUAGUCAGAUGGGCCAUAUGGGCGCGAGCCGAUUUGACACUCUUGGCUCGGAUGGCGUUUGGCAGAGCUAUAAGACGAUUGGACGGGGGACUGGCGGACGGGCAUAUGAGGCGGGAGUUGAUUUUUGA